CGGCCACACUGGCUUGAACUCAAGAAAGAAAAGAUUGAGAGUAAUAUCAAGAAAUAGUUGACGUUUAACAACAGCUUGCUACAAUGACUGAGGACUGGCAGAGUCAGAAGUUCCGCCAGAAUGUAAUUUCAAAAAUCCACGACUUGUUGCCAGCGAACGCGCAGGAUCAAUCAAAAAAUGCCGGAGUUAUGGAAAACCAUAUAUUCCGGAAGUCGCGCAGCAAAGACGAAUAUUUAGGAUUGGUGGCCAAGCUCUUCAUGCACUACAAGGACAUGUCUCGAAAAUCCCAGCAACAGCAGCAGCAACAACAACAGCAGCAGCAGCAGGGCGGCCCUCCCCCGAAUGCUGAAAUGGGCGGUGGGCAGAAUAUGAUGCAGGAUCCAUUGAACGCCCUGCAGAACCUGGCCAGUCAAGGAAAUCGGAAUCCCCAGAUGAUGCCUAUGGGCGCCGGCGGAGCUCCAGUGCCCGGCGGACCGGGAACCGCCUCUAAUUUGCUUCAAUCACUAAACCAACAGCGUCCUGGACAGCAGCAAAUGCAGCCCAUGCCCAACAUACGCGGCCAAAUGCCCAUGGGCGCUGGCGGGGGCGGUGCAGCUCAGCAGAUGAUGCAGGUGCAGCAGCAGAUGCAAGGUGGAAACGCUCCAGGAGUGAUGAACGUCAUGGGCGCCGGUGGCGGACAGAACCAGGGUCAGAUCGUCGGCAAUCCGGGACAACAGAUGGGCGUGGGUAUGCCCAACCAGAUGGUGGGACCAGGUCCGAACAGUGGGCCUGCUGUCGGCGGAGCAGGCGGUGCGAAUGCUGCCCCUGGAUCCGCUGGGCCCGGCCCAAAUCAAAUGCAAAGUGGACCCAUGAACACCAUGCAGCAGAUGCCGCCUAUGCAACAGAUCCAGCAGAACCAAAUGGGAAUGGGCAUAAACCCGAUGAUGCGGAUGGGCCAAGGCAACGGCAUGGGCGGACCCCAGGGAAUGCCAGGCCAAGGCAUGCAGGGAAUGCCGCAGAAUAUGCAGCAGGGUCCCCACAAUGUGGUCGGCGGUCCGGCCGGUCAGCAGCAGGUGGGCGGAACGGGCUUGCCGCCCAACGCAGUCCAGCAAGGUGGCAUGAAUCCAAUGGGCGGCAUGGGCGUGAACAUGCCGCCGAAUCUGCAGCAAAAACCCAACAUGCCGAUGGGACAGGGUGGCCAGAUGUUCCCAGGCAACCGAGGUGGCGUGGGAGUCGGAGGUCAGCAGCCCGGACAGCCAUUCAUGAGGUCCAGUCCGUCGCCAGCGGAUGCCCAGCAACUGCAGCAGCAGCAGGCCCAGCUUCAGCAGAUGCAACAAGCGCAGCAGCAGCAACAGCUGGUCGUAGGCAAUCAGACGCCCACGCAGCAGCCUCCGACUCCGCAGAUGCCGACGCCGAUGAUUCCCAGUCCGGCGCUGGUGCCCCAGUCCAGUCCGCAGAUGAUGCAGAUGCAGAACCCGCAGCGCAACAUCCGCCAGCAAUCGCCGAGUGCCUCGAUCAACACGCCGGGUCAGGUGACUGGGAACAGUCCGUUCAACCCGCAGGAGGAGGCUUUGUACCGCGAGAAGUACAAGCAGCUGACCAAAUACAUUGAGCCUCUGAAACGGAUGCUGGCCAAGAUCAGCAACGAUGGGACAAAUGUGGAAAAGAUGACCAAGAUGAGUAAGUUGCUGGAGAUCCUUUGCAAUCCUACACAGCGUGUGCCGCUGGAAACUCUUCUGAAAUGUGAAAAGGCUCUGGAGAAAAUGGAUCUCAUCUCCUAUUCCGGACAGCAGUUUGGUAAAUCUUCAAAUCCACUGCUGGAGGUAAUAAACACCACCCUGCAAAGUCCCGUGGCCAACCACACACUGCAUCGAACGUUCCGUCCAACUUUGGAACUGCUCUUCGGCACGGAUAUAGCAGCUCCAGUGCCCGCAAAGCGGCCUCGAGUGGAGGAAAAGUCUUCGCCCUUCGAACAGGAUGUUCCGCAUGUUCUGCAAGGCGAAAUUGCUCGGCUGGAUAGCAAGUUUAAGGUGAAACUGGACACCACGUCGCAGAUAAACAACAAGGCGAUUCGCUUGAUUUGCUGCCUGGACGACAAACGCUUGCCCAGUGUGCCGCCAGUAAGUGUCAGUGUGCCGGAGGAGUAUCCCUGGCAGGCUCCGGACUGCUCCUUGACAGAGCAGGAGUACUCGGCCACGCCCUUCCUGCAGACGGUGCAACAGUCUCUGAUCGCUCGCAUAUCCAAGCUGCCCAAGAACUACUCGCUGUCCCAUCUGCUGGACACCUGGGAAAUGGCUGUGCGCCAGGCGUGCUCUCCUCAGUCGAAGCCCAGAGCUGUCUGCGAGCUUACCACUUUUUUGGGAGUUUAGCUGAACUCCAACAUAAAAUACUUAUUCCAUCUCAUGAUUGACAAUUUAGUGUCAACCCGUUUUAGAAUCCCAGCUAUUCGCUGGGUUCGAGGAUUAACAUACAAUUAAGAAUAAAAAUCGUACUCCACAAGUGAAA